ACAUCAGUUGGAGCUCAAUUGUUGAUCAGAUCACAUCCAAAGGACUUGCUGCAAAAGAAGGAAACUAAGAUAUCAGAAGAGCAAAAAGCUAUAUUGUUUCGUGUUCCCGUGCUUGUGCACUUACAGUCUGCCUUCUUGAUUAUUUUCUGCUUUGUGUGUGUGUGUGUUUUUUUUUUUUUUUUUUUUUUUUUUUUUUUCUUUACUGUGACUUUGUAUUAGAUCUAGUCCAGGAGAUGUCUUUUCCCCAGUUGGGCUACCCUCAAUAUUUAAGUGCCACCCAGGCAAUGUACGGAGGCGAACGGCCGGGAGUUCUGAGUACCUCUGUACGUGGAGGAAGCGCUGAAAUCGGGGCAAAUCCUUCUGCCACAGCCGCUGCUGUCACCUCGAUGCUGGGCAUGUACGCAAACCCUUACGCAGCGCACAAUUACAGCGCUUUUCUUCCUUACACCAGUGCCGAUCUGGCUCUCUUCUCUCAGAUGGGCUCCCAAUAUGAAAUGAAGGACAACCCCGGUGUUCAUCCUGCUACAUUUGCUGCCCACACUUCCCCGGCCUUUUACCCUUAUGGACAGUUCCAGUAUGGGGACCCUGCCAGACCCAAGAAUGCCACCAGGGAGAGCACGAGCACCCUCAAGGCCUGGCUCAACGAACACAGGAAAAACCCAUACCCCACCAAAGGAGAAAAGAUCAUGCUGGCCAUCAUCACCAAGAUGACCCUGACCCAGGUCUCCACCUGGUUUGCCAAUGCCAGGAGAAGGCUCAAGAAGGAGAACAAGGUUACAUGGGGUGCCAGGGACAAAGACGACGAGGAUGGCAACAUCUUUGGUAGUGAUAAUGAGGGUGAUGUUGAAAAGAACGAAGAUGAUGAAGAAAUUGACUUGGAGAGCAUAGACAUUGACAAGAUCGAUGAGAACGAUGGGGAGCAAAGCAAUGAAGAGGAUGAGGAGAAACUGGAAAGCAGGGAUCAUGGGGAGUUGGUGGAGAAUAUGGAGAAAAAACAAGACUUGACUGUGCAGGCACCUGUAGGAUAUGAUAAGCCCAAAGAUAUAUCAGUGGUUAAAGAGCCACCUGAAAGCAAUAACACAAGGGUGAUAUCACCUAUUGGGCAGGGCAAUUUCCAGAUGCCAUCAAACAACAAACCUAAGAUCUGGUCCUUAGCAGAGACUGCCACCAGCCCUGAUAGUUCUCAAAAGCCCUCGUCGCCUUCUGCACCAACCAACCAUUCCUCACCCCAGAUCCAACACCCAGCUUUUCUCCCUAAUCAUGGACUAUACACUUGCCAGAUUGGGAAGUUCCACAAUUGGACAAAUGGUGCUUUCCUGAGCCAAAAUUCCCUGUUAAAUGUGAGGUCUUUUCUGGGAGUAAAUCAACAUCACCAUCACCAUCUUCAUUCCCAGCAGCAACAAACUUCGGUAGUCACGUCAACAAUGGCAUCACUGAGCAGCGACAAGUCUUCAGAGAGUUCCAGUCUGAAACACAUAGAACAGGAAAGUGUUCAACGUACUGAAUCUCCAACACAGCCAUUAAAAUCGUCAUUUCAGCCCACCCACGACAGUCCCAGGAAUCAACAAGAGGCAACACAACGGGUUUUAACAGCUCUUUCUUCGGCCUGAUCAAGAUUUUGUUUAUUUUUUUUGUGG